AUGGCUAAUGACAUGUGCCGCUUGAGAAAGAAAACAUCUGCGGCAACCCAGCAAAAGAAGAAAAUCGAUCACUUGAUUCGCUGGGCAGGAUACCACUUCGCGAGCAGCAAUGCGCAGUUGCAGCUCAUCUUUAAAGUCAUCAUGGAGUACGAGGUCCUGGCUCGUUUGGGAGACAUAUCUAAAACUGCCCGUGCGCAGCUGCGACUUCUGUAUUCUUUUUUGAGCCGCGAUGAUGUGGGACAUUGUCUGUGGCUGUACCUCGACUACUUUGAGGCGCAUUAUGACCACAUGACAAGAAACGAAAUAUGCAUGUGUGCAAUGGUUUGCUACGUCUGCACACAGUGUGCAGGCACCUUAAGGAGAAGAAACCUCCACCCGGUGGUGCUGCGGAUGAUCCGCAUGAUGAACGACGCGGAAAUUCAAAAGAUAUUUCAAAAGUCGAAGACUCCAAACCCUAGACAGGCAAAACUCGACGAACGAACGGAGCGCUGCCUCUUCUACGCCGAUAACAGCCAAGGGGUGCAGACGUUUGUCAUGAAAGGAGGAGACCUCCUACAGUCUCUGCAUUAUGACUGCACGGCGGGAAGGAACGCCGAGUCAUCCGAUGGGGGCUCGUUUACAGAUGCGUUUUCGGGCAGCAAUUUUGAAUCAGACGAAUCAAAUGGAGCGGAAGAAAAGCCAGAACUCGUGCAGGAGACACUCGCAGGCGAGUUGCGCCCGCUGGAGAACUUCAACGUGGCACUGACUUACGGAGUAUCUGUGGAGCGGGCUCUGGGGUGUACACUGGACGGAACGAAUUCGUCUGCUCCUGCUUCUGUUUCAAAGCAGCUUCCUCUACCCCCUUCCGCUUCAACUGCAGUCAAAACACAACGCCGCAAGACCUCGUCCGUUGUGAGCAACACACGAAGCACCUCCAGGGCCUCCCGACACCCCACGCAAAGCCAGGCACAAACGCAGACACAAACCCAGACAGAAGAUUCCACUACAGAAGACAAAAGCAAAGCUCGUCUGUUUAGGAACUACGAUGACUUAAUAAAUUUCGACACAGCACUGAAACACCAGACUCCCAUCGCUGCCUAUGAAUUUCAGUUUUUGGAGGAGAAGGAGCCACACGACCCUUUGGACCCUACUUGGGAACGCACCGUUGACCAGCCUUUAAUUCAAGUUUAUAAAUUUAUUUCUCCUAACUCCCCCGUUAUCAUCGUCAAGGCCUACGCACACUUCGAGGGUAUUCCUCUCAAUGUCCUCAGCCACCAUAUCAAAGAAAUCAAUUGCCGCCUCCACUGGUAA